UUCCUUUCUGAUUAUCGAUCAACUUUCUAUUCUUUCUUUUCUCAUGAGUAAUACUCGAUUGAUUUAAAUUGUGCCAUCUUUUAUUGAGAUUCAUCAUUGAUCAGAAAAGUGUAUCAUCGUAACUUGAAACAAUUCUUUGGGUUUUCAUCUUUGUUUCUCUCCUUAACCCUUACCCAGCUUCUAAUCCAUUGACUCUCCUUGCCGAUGGUAAACAAAAACUGAUCAACGUAAUCAACCUUGAUUCAAUUAUCACCAAAUGAAUCUGUAAAUUUUUACGAGAAAAAAGUACCUCAUCUACUGGCCUCAUUUCCUAUCCUUUACUGUUUUACUUUAGUCGUUUUGGUUUGCUGAUAUUUUCGCUUUUUGUUUUGGAAAAAAUAUUCUCAGACCAAUAAACUUUAUAUACUAACCAGAAAACCGGAAAAGAUGACUAGUGAAAACAAACUCGGAAACAAUUCAACUGAAAAGAAACAAUCGGCUGAUGUUUAUCAUGCAAAAUCGAAACAACGUCAAUGGACCAAAUCAUUUUUAGCGAUACCAAUUUUAAUUUUAUUUAUUGCCUUUUGUUAUCAAUCAUAUAUUUCAUCAUUCAGGCCAAUUGAGAAGCGGCUGGUGGAUACAUUGAAUAGUUUACUUGCUAUUGAAAGAGAUGGUCAAGUUAAUGUUAAUGCUAAAAUUGCCAUUGGUUAUGGAGCUUGUCUUGACUACGUUGUACCUUCUCGAUGUUUAAUUUUAAAUCAUCAUAAACCACCAGUUAAUCCUUUUCACCAUGUAUCAGUUGAUGAUAAAGAUGAACUUCUCGAAGUAUUUGCUUACUAUUUUAACCAUGGAGCUGCAGCUGAAAGGUACAUUAACAAUCAAAGUUUAUUUAAAGAACUUGUCUCAAUUAGUGAAACCUGUGAUAUUUUAAAAUCUAUUGGAGGUAAUGCACCAAUUAUGGCUUCUCGUUUGGCUAAAGAAGGGAUCAAAAAUAUCUUACUUGGAGCUCAUAUGUCACCUCAAUUGAGUAAAUAUUUGACCUCAAGUAUAACCAUCGCUGGACCUUCAACGGAAACCGAUGAUGUUCAUCUUUUAAUUGAAUAUCCAACUGGAGAGAAUUGGUUAGACCUUUACUCAUCUCCAAGAGCGAAUCGUUUUAUUGUACAUAAUGAUGAUAAUAAUCCUCUUCUCAAAUCAUUGGAAAUAUUUCACCGACAAAUGAAUAACUUUCAACCUGAUUUAUUUGUUAUCGGAGGCUUACAAAUGAUGGAAGGUUAUCCAGGAAAUAGUGAAAAGAAACGCUCUCGAUUGGAGAAAGUUAGUUCAUACAUUAAAGAAAAUUUCAAGCAUCGUGGUGAUAAUAAACAGACCAAACUUCAUUUUGAAAUGGCAUCUUAUUCAGACGAAACUAUCCUUCGUGAUAUUAUUCAACUGAUAUUGCCCCAUGUUGACUCGCUGGGAAUGAAUGAGCAAGAAUUACCUAAUCUUUAUCAAAUGUUAACCUUUGGCAAUUUAACUCUGGUCUCUGAUCCAUAUCCUCGAGUUGCUACAGUUUUGGAUCAAAUGAGGGACAUUUACGAGGCCAUGUUUUCCUUUACAAAUGGUCGGAUUAGUCGGAUUCAUGUUCACACUUUAGCUUUCCAAGCAAUACUAGUUCAUGCCAAUUCUGAUUGGAAAAAUUCAGCUGCUGCCGCUGCUAAAGCUGCUCUUACUUCACAUCGGCAUACAUGUGGAUCUGAUGAGAUUGACUCAGCGAAAGCGAGACUAAUCAUGGAUGAAUCAUUUUCAACAACACGAAGUUCAAAACAAAACAUCCAACGAAUAGUUUUCAAUUCAAAUGUUCCAGUAGCCUGUUGGUCAGAAACUCUUGAUAACAAGCAGAAAAUUCAAUUCUGUGUGGCUCCUGUUCUGGUUUGCACCAAUGUUUUACAAACUGGAGGUGGAGGUGAUAAUGUUUCCGCCGCUGGUCUUGUACUUCAAAUUUAAAAAAAAGGCAACAAUAUGACCCAUCUAAUUAUUUGAUCACGAAAUUUAUCUUUACCCAUCUUUAGAUAAGAGCUUAGAACAAGAAUUGUAAUAUUAUUCAAAGGAGACUUAUAUUCCACAUUAUUUAUUGAUUCGAUAUUUUCUUAUCAAGUCAAAAAAGACCAACAACAAUUUGACCAUCGAUUAAUACUAAUCAUUAUUUUCAUCUCUAUUUAUUACUCUAAUUGCUGUAAUUGAUCAUGGAACCAAAAAAAAAACAAAGCUUAUCCACUCUCAUUUCAUUUCGGAUUAAAAGUUUAUCCCACUGUCAUGAAAAUAACAUAAAAUUUGCGGAAAAAAUCUUGAUAAUAAAACCCAAUUAACUCCGAUAGUUAAUUUGUUGUGAAAACAAUUAACAA